UUUUGGAACGCCGCUGAGCGCAGCUGCACAUUUUUAGAAAUCACGCUAGUUAGCCAUAACGCAUUUGAAUCAUGGCGGUCUUUGGCAUGGUCUCGGCUGUGUCCAGCUUCAUCAAGAUACGCUAUCUGCUGGAUAAAGCUGUUAUCGAUAACAUGGUAUUUCGCUGCCACUAUAGAAUUACAACAGCCAUACUGUUCACCUGUUGCAUCAUUGUAACAGCCAACAAUCUGAUUGGUGAUCCCAUAAGCUGCAUCAACGACGGCUCUAUACCCAUGCAUGUGAUCAACACUUUCUGCUGGAUUACCUAUACGUUCACGAUACCCGGACAGCAGCAUAGGCAAAUAGGCACCGAUGUAGCAGCGCAUGGUUUGGGCAACGAGUAUGGCCAGGAGAAGCGCUACCACAGCUACUAUCAGUGGGUGCCCUUUGUGCUCUUCUUUCAGGGUCUCAUGUUCUAUGUGCCGCAUUGGAUUUGGAAGAACAUGGAAGAUGGUAAAAUACGCAUGAUUACCGAUGGUCUACGCGGCAUGGUCACUGUGCCGGAGGAUUAUCGCAAGGAUCGUCAGGAUCGCAUAAUCAAAUACUUUAUGGACAGCAUGAAUUCACACAAUGGCUACUCCUUUGCCUAUUUCUUUUGCGAGCUGCUUAACUUUAUCAAUGUGAUUGUCAAUAUCUUUAUGGUGGAUAAAUUUCUGGGCGGUGCUUUCAUGUCCUAUGGUACUGAUGUAGUCAAAUUCUCAAACAUGGAUCAGGACAUGCGCUUCGAUCCAAUGAUUGAAAUAUUUCCACGCUUAACCAAAUGUACGUUCCGUAAGUUUGGUCCCGGCGGUUCGCUCCAAACACACGAUACGCUUUGUGUGCUGGCUCUCAAUAUACUCAACGAAAAGAUUUAUAUAUUCUUGUGGUUCUGGUUUAUUAUAUUGGCCACAUUAUCUGGUGUUGCUGUGCUCUAUUCUCUGGUGGUAGUCAUGAUGCCCACCACACGUGAAACCAUCAUCAAGCGUGCUUAUCGCUCCGGACAGCGCAAGGAGAUUGCUGGUCUGGUGCGUCGCUUGGAGAUUGGCGACUUCUUGAUCUUGCACUUCUUGAGCCAGAAUCUCAGCACACGCUCGUACAGCGAUAUGCUGCAACAGUUGUGCGGUCUGAUAGGUGCCUCACGCACACCCUCGGCACCCUCGACGCUGGAAAUGAAUCCCAUUAGUCAUCCAUCUAUAUAUCCGCCGACGGAGGCGUUUGGCGGCAAGGAGACCGAGACAUAAGCAUUGCCAGUUGCGAGUCGUUUAUAAUUUUCAAUGAUUUCUCAACAAAAUAUUUGUAGACAGAGAUGAUGAGAGAGAUGAGAUGAGAGAGUGUGUGUGUGUGAGAGAGACCAGAUAGAGGUUUUUUGUAGCGUUCUAGGCUUUUAGGCAUUUUAAUCUUUAGAUAUAUAUACUUAUUAUAUGUAUGUGCAUCUCCAAGACUGUUUUUAAGAAUUGCAGAAAACAACAGCAGCAAAAUUUCUUUAGCAAAAUUUUUACUCCUUUUAAAAUUACGUUUAAUGCAUGGAAUUUGUUAAAGUGGUACGGUCCUAGGCGGAACAGUUUGAGAACGAAACGAGACGAAACGAGAGAGUGUGAGAGAGAGAGAGAGACACAUAGGCAGAGCGUGCAAUUUGUAGGAAGUUACUUUACAUUUCCCUCCCACACAUAUGAAAAGCAUACAAUACAUACAUAUUACAAAUACACACAUACAUAUAAAAAAGAAAACAUUUACUGCUUGUAACCGUAGUAGUUGUUAACAAAAUGAUGCGCCAUUUAAAUAUAUAUAUAUACUUAGUUUACCCCAAAUUAACUCUAUAGUUUGCUCAUGUAUGCAUUGGUGUGUGUGAAAUCGUCACGAUAGUGACGUGAUCACGAUCACACUACAGGCUUAUCGCUCACUCAAAAGCUUACGCAUGCUCACGAAACGUUGAUCUAUAUCAUAUACAUAGAACAUACUCUAUAUAUAAAUUUAACUAUAUAGCAAUCGAAUUAUAUGACCACGAGUAUAUAUGUAAAAUGCUCUCGCUAUUUUUGUCGUAACGUUUAGUUUACACACUACAUCUAUAUAUACAUAUAUGUAAUUUUAAGACAUUUUGUUUAUAACAAAAUCAUUGUGAUUAUUGCUA